GUUCAAGCUAAACGCCGUUCCGGUUUUCCUGUAGCUCUAUGGUCGUUGCUCCGAGUUCACUUCGCGCGGCUUUCCAAGAUGGCGACGAGCCCGGGAGCUUUAGGAAAGCGGCUUUUGUAGGCCCCCUUCUCUCCCAUUCUUUUUUGAGGCUAGGAGGGCUCCCUGUGUGCACAAUCUGGCUGUCUCACAUCACGAACCUCGACUGAGUCCGAUCUGUCGAGAAUAAUUCUUACCGCGUGAGUUUGCUCGAUCGCCCACUCUGCUUGAUGCACCCGGCCUUAGCGCCAGACCACGCAAGGGUGAGUUGCGGAACGAAAAGCCGCCUCCGGUGAUAUUUAAGGGAAAAAAUUCAGUUUUGUUCAGUGGAGCAGUGAAGGACACAAACAAUCAAAAUGGGGCGAAGGUCGACAUCUUCCACCAAGAGUGGAAAGUUCAUGAAUCCCACAGACCAAGCUCGCAAGGAGGCCCGGAAGAGAGAGCUGAAGAAGAACAAGAAGCAACGCAUGAUGGUACGAGCAGCAGUGCUAAAGAUGAAGGAUCCCAAGCAAAUCAUUCGGGACAUGGAAAAACUUGAUGAGAUGGAAUUUAACCCAGUCCAGCAACCACAACUCAAUGAGAAGGUGCUGAAGGACAAGCGCAAGAAACUACGUGAGACUUUUGAGCGUAUCCUGCGGCUGUAUGAAAAGGAGAAUCCAGACAUCUACAAGGAGUUGCGCAAGCUAGAGGUGGAAUAUGAGCAGAAGAGAUCUCAACUCAGUCAAUACUUUGAUGCUGUAAAGAAUGCUCAACAUGUGGAAGUGGAGAGCAUCCCUCUGCCAGAUAUGCCUCAUGCCCCCUCCAACAUCCUCAUUCAGGACAUCCCUCUGCCUGGAGCCCAGCCUCCUUCUAUUCUCAAAAAGACAUCAGCCUAUGGGCCACCCGUCCGGCCUGUUUCUGUACUUCCGCCUCCAGGACACGGGGUUCCUCGCUUACCCCCAGGCAGGAAGCCUCCUGGACCUCCACCAGGACCACCUCCACCUCAGGUCUUGCAGAUGUAUGGUCGUAAAGUAGGCUUCACCCUAGAAACAGUCACUCGGAGAAGAGAAGAGGAGGUGUCUUAUAGUCCAGAGACAGGUCCACGAGGACAUGAUGAUGAGGCUUCCAGUACCAGUGAAGAUGAGGGGUAUCCUGAGGACAUGGAUCAGGACAAGCAUGAUGAUACCACUGAUGACAGUGAUAGCGACAGGACUGAUGUGGACAGUGAAGGGGAAGAGUUCCUGCAUCAUGAAGAUGGUGUUGAGAGGGAGGGUGAAGACAAAAAAUCUAGUCAUAGUGUGAGGUUUGCUGACAUGCCUGGAAAGUCACGAAAGAAGAAAAAGAACAUGAAAGAGCUUACUCCACUUCAGGCUAUGAUGCUGCGAAUGGCUGGUCAGGAAAUUCCUGAGGGAGGCAAAGAGAUAGAAGAAUAUUCUGAAGAAGAAGACGAUGAUGAUGAAGAUGACUCGGAUGCUGAAGAAACACAGCAGCAGCAAAGCACAGAAGAGUCCCACACAGAGACGGCAUCUUCAGCUGCCUCGCAAACGGCCCAGCCACAGCAGCAACCACCACCUCAGCCUGUUCCUCCCACACAAAUUCAGGCACCUCCCAUGCCUGGGCCACCUCCUCUUGGGCCACCUCCAGCACCACCCUUGAGGCCUCCAGGGCCACCUACUGGCCUUCCUCCUGGUCCUCCUCCAGGUGCUCCACCAUUCCUCAGGCCGCCUGGGUUGCCUGGACUGCGUGGGCCUCUGCCACGGCUUUUGCCUCCAGGACCUCCCCCUGGCCGCCCUCCUGGUCCUCCACCUGGCCCACCUCCAGGUCUGCCACCUGGCCCACCCCCAAGGGGACCUCCACCUCGUCUACCACCCCCAGCCCCUCCAGGUAUUCCCCCUCCUCGUCCAGGCAUGCUGCGUCCUCCAUUGGUACCUCCCCCAGGGCUGUUCCCACCAGCUCCCAUUCCAAAUCCUGGAGUGCUGAGUGCUCCCCCCAGCUUGAUCCAACGCCACAAGGCGGAUGAUACCAGUGCGGCCACUAUUGAGAAGAAAGCCACCGCAACUAUCAGUGCCAAGCCCCAGAUUACCAAUCCUAAAGCCGAGAUCACCCGCUUCGUGCCCACGGCCUUGCGGGUACGUCGAGAGAAUAAGGGGACAGCUACCUCUACGCAGAGGAAACCUGACAAUGAACCUUCUGUUCAGAUAACCAAAGUGACUCCUAAGGCUGGCUCUUCUGCCCCCAUCUCAGUGCAGACCAAGGAUGAUGUGUAUGAAGCCUUCAUGAAGGAGAUGGAAGGGCUACUGUGACCAUGUGUUCCCACUUUACUUUUUAUUGCUGUUUUGAUGAGAUCAGGCUACUCUGUUAGGGGCAGGGGUUCCAUGUUAUAGUGGCAUCCGGUGGAAAGAGCUCCUCCUUUCUGGCAAGGAAUAGUCUCCCAUCCCAGUUAACUUAUGACCUAACUUAGAGUAGAGAGAUCACUGCAGCUAGUGGAAGAGGGGACACAAUCACCCUAGUGGAAGUUUAGGAGCAUGCACUCUCCUGGGUGGCCGCUGCCAUUUUGAAGUGGUGUCUCUGCUCCCAUGGAAAAAUCUCUUGUGUCAUGAAUUAUUUUUUUUGGUUGAAGAGAGGAAUAAAUUUGAGGAACCAGAAGAUGUUGGUGAAUAGUAUUUCCUACAAAUAUACCUGACCAUCUGGUUUUUAUGUUCUGUUUUGGUGGCUUUAUGUAAAUAUUUUGUAAUGCUGUUUUUAGUUGAUUGAGAUUACUUGGUUACACACUGUCUUAGAGGAGACCAGGCAACUCUUUGCAUAUAUGAUAUGCAGAAGCCUUGCACCCUGUAUGUUCUGCAGUCACCUUGGUGGACAGGAAGAAAUAUCAUUGUCUUAUGAAACAGAAUAAAUAUUUGAUGUACUAACA